AUGGCACCAGUUCAGGAUCAGCCAAAUGAUGAUAUUUCAUGGCGCAUCCUGGUUGGUACAAUUGUCAGCAUUAUCCCGGCUACCAUUUGCGUAAUCUUGCGAUUUAUUGCCCGUCAUAUCGCUCGUGCUAGCCUGUGGUGGGAUGACUAUACCAUUGUGGGGGCUCUAACGAUCAAUUGGGCUAUGGAUUCUUUACGAUGGGCGCAGGUUGCGUUGUACGAUUAUGGUCAUCACGCUCAAUAUGUGUCACAAGAUAAACUUGAUGAAUUUGGAAAGAGCUUCACAGCUGUUCAAGUUCUAUACUUCACCAAUACCGUCUUUACUAAGGCGUCGUUACUGCUUCUCUUCUAUCGCAUUUUCGGUAUUGUCAGAAGCUUUCGUUGGGCCAUCUGGGUCGUUGCCUUUCUGGCUGUUGCCUACUUUAUCGCAUGUUCACUUACUGCGCUUGUGGGAUGUUUGCCACUAUCCAAAGCAUGGGAUACACGCGAGCCGGAUCGUUGCAUCAACGAAGUGACAUUCUUCCGUGCGAAUGGCAUUGGGAAUAUGGUCCUUGAUUUCAUCGUGCUCUGCCUCCCAUUUCCAAUGGCCUGGCGGCUAAAUACAACGACUCGACAAAAGUUUAUUCUAUCCGGAAUCUUCUUACUUGGUGGCUUCGUCUGUAUCGUCUCGAUUCUCCGUAUAGUCAGUGUCAAAUCAGCAGUCAUCCCCGAUCCGACCUAUACAAGCCUUGUCCCGGCCACUUGGUCCACGGUUGAGCAAUCCGUCGGGAUAAUAUGUGCCUGUCUUCCAACGCUUCGACCUCUCUUUCGCCGGUUCUAUGGCGCAACAAAAGUAGCCUCAACUAGAAAUAAUAGCGCUGAUGUUGUUUUCGCCCAGAAUCGGCCCUCAAUAUCUGGCCGAAGGUCGUUCUGUGAUGAGGAAAGCAGCUCCAUGAGCCGUAAUCCAUCUUGUUCGACACAACAGCACAACCGUCCCGCUUCCAUACGCCAGCUAAAUGAAUUGUCGGGUGGAUAUCGCAGUCCAACAUUUCAAUGA